UUUAAAUGCAUUUUAAAGAAAACAUUAUUUUUCUUCUGUUCUUCAGAAUUGUAUCGAGCCGUGCCAUUGCAGCUGCCCUAGAAUGUUUCUGUUGUCCUUUUUUCCCCCCGUAGCUUAUUCAAAGUGUAGGUAGGCUAUAGCUUGGAGGCACGAAUGUGGGCCAUUGCAAUUGGUAACCCACAGUUGGAUCCGUCCAGACAUGACUUUGUGAAUGAGUGAAGUGCUAGUCGCUUUGAAGAAGAGCUGUAAAGCACAGCUUUGCUUUAUCUACAGGAAAGGGGAUAGCUAUAGCUGCAUCAGAAGUUUGCGCUAGAAUCACUCCUACCGUGAUGUGUGUGGGGGGCGUUCUUUGGAGUUAAGCAGACCGGUAGCAAGGCUUCGGUAGUUUACAGCUAUAUUUUAUUCCGCAGCUCGCUAGGCUGCCGCAACGCAACAGUCGCAAGUGGACGGCGCUUGAACUGCACUUAUUACAACAAACAACUGAUCCUGGGUCAUGCAAUUUGACUUUAAAAACUACACUUUUUGUCCCGGAGAAAUGUGUCCAGCUUUGGAGCUCCGUUGACUGCGAACAGUUGGACUGCAUUCUGGAAAUAAGGCACCGUGCAGAGCGGAUACUACCUGCAGUCCUCGCGAUUAAUUGAACAGUUUUAUUAUCUUCUCUGUCUUCAUAACAAACAUUACAUCACGAUACCCGCAGUUUCUGGCGUAUUAUGCUACCUGUGUAAUUUAACAAUGACUGGUAUGAAUUGCAGUUCACCUUUACUAUAGAAAACGAGUUUACUUUUGCUCCGCUGGAAGUAUUUCGUAGCAUAUAUUUCAGGCAACACUAUGGGCUUUACUAUAUGGAUAAUUUUUGUGGCUUUGAUCGGAGUUGCCACCAUCCCUCUACAAACUGACGGAGCAUGCCUCUAUCAGGGUUCCCUGUUUGCGAAUAAAACAUCGUGGAAGCCUGACUCCUGCCAAGACUGCGUCUGCCUCAGUGACAUUGUGAUCUGCAAAAACUCCCACUGCCAAAACCCCCAGUGUGACUUCCAGAAGGGGGAACGGUUGAGAAUACCUCCUAACAAAUGCUGUCCCGAGUGUUAUCCGCCAUCCCAGGGCUCUUGUCAGCACGACGGGGCCGUGUACGGGCACGACAGCCAGUGGAGCAGCUCCGAGUGCUCCGUCUGCUCCUGCUCUCACGGGAAAGUGUCCUGCGGGCACCGGGCCUGCCCCGCCCUCCAGUGCAGGAGGGGCGAGAGCAGCUUCACCCCGCCCGGAGAGUGCUGCCCCAAGUGUGUGCGUGACGGAGCAGCGUCCUGUUCUUCGGAAGGUCAGGAGUACCGGGACGGGGAGGAGUGGCGGCCGACGCCCUGCACCAAGUGUGUGUGCGACGGCGGGGAGACCCAGUGCUCUGCAGCCGAAUGCCAGCCCGUCGCCUGCCAGCCUCGGGAGAACCUUGUGAUCUACCCCGGAACGUGCUGCCCGCAGUGUGUGCCGAACCCGUGCUUGGUGGCGGGGAAGGAGUACAAGCAUGGUGAACAGUGGCAGAAGGACAGCUGCACCACUUGCCUGUGUGACCAGGGGCAGACCCGCUGCCACGCCCAACCCUGUCCCCCCCUCACCUGUGAGAAGGGCCAGAGGAAGGUGAAGAAGGAGGGGCAGUGCUGCGAGGAGUGCGUGGCCCCCAAGGGGACCUGCCAUUACCAGAGCACCGUGCGUUACCAUGGCGAAAUGUGGAACGGCACGGGCUGCGAGUUCUGCAUGUGCGAGAGGGGGCAGGUCCUGUGCCAGAGGGCGGAGUGUGCCAGAGUGGAGUGCUCGUGGGGAGAAGAAUUGGUUCACCUACCGGGGAAGUGCUGUCCUGAAUGUAUGUCCAUGAGUAGUUUCUGCGUGUUCCGGGAGCAAGCCAAAGGGGGACCGCAGACAGAUCUGACUGGCCAGAAACAUCUUGCUAACCUGGAGACCUGGCAGGAGGGGCCGUGCAGACAGUGUGAGUGUCGGGACUCCCGGGUGACCUGUUACCAGCGCUCCUGCCCCACCUGCCCCGUGGGCACCCUGGCCGUGCCCGUGGAGGGGAAGUGCUGCCCCGAAUGCCACCAGGUUCACUGUCACCCUGACUGUCUGACGUGUUCUCGAACCCCGGACCACUGCGACAGCUGUAAGGACCCCCAGUCCUUGCUCCUGGAUGGCCGCUGCAUGCAGACAUGCCCCCGGGGGUAUUACCCCGACGGCAGAGUGUGCACAGCCUGCCUGGACUCCUGCUCCACCUGCGUAAACGGCUUCGAGUGCGCGUCCUGUGCCCGCUCCUUCCUGAUGAGCAACCGACAGUGCGUGCCCGAGUGUGGGCGGGGCUUCUUCCAGGAUAACCAGCACUGCCAGCGUUGCCACGACGAUUGCUCGGUGUGCCAUGGGCCUGGGCAGCAGGACUGCCAGUCAUGCUCUGACCCCUCCCUCCUGCUCAAAGCCGGACUUUGUGUUCCGGAAUGUGGCCCGGGCUUCUACGCCAGAGAGGACACCUGUCACGCUUGCGAUGAAUCCUGCUUGACCUGUUACUCCGACAACCCCAGUUGCGUGACGUGCCCACUGGACUCCGCACUGCAUCAUGGGAAAUGUGUCCCUCACUGCCCAGAGCAGCAUUACAGGGACAGUAAUGGCAGAUGCAGGGCCUGCCACAGCUCCUGCGUGGCCUGCUCGGGCCCCUUGGUAUCCCAGUGCACCCUCUGUCCCGGGACGUUCGCCCUGUACCACGGACAGUGUCUGGACAGCUGCGGACAGGGUCAAUACCCCCAUGAGGGGGCCUGUAAAAGCUGCCACCCGUCCUGCCGGUCCUGCGUCGGGCCCAAACACUCAGACUGCCUGCGCUGCCGGAAGCCGGAGGAGGCGCUGCACCCUCAGAGCGGUCGCCUGGCGCACGGCGUCUGCGUCUCCGCCUGCAAGGCCCGCUCCUACCCGGACCCCGACCGCGUCUGCCGAGAGUGCGACGCCUCUUGCUCGCAGUGCGCCGGGGGGAGCGCCUUCAACUGCACCGCCUGCGCCGCCCCGAACCUCCUGCACCGGGGGCGGUGUCUGCAGAGGUGUCCCCACGGUUUCCACGGCCAGGACGGCACAUGUUCCGCCUGCCACCCCUCCUGCAGGGACUGCUCAGGCCCCUCGGAGGCGGACUGCUCGGCCUGUUUGCCCCACGCCAGCCUGAUUGACGGAUACUGCAGAACCAGCUGCCCUGAGGGGCAGUACCUAAACUCUGAGGGACACUGUGCUGAUUGCCAUGGAGACUGCCAGCGCUGCGUGGCCCAGGUUGACCCGCAGGCCGACAGGAGCGUGUGCCUGUGGUGUAAGAGCCAGAGGAGCCUGCUCCUGGACGACCGCUGUGUCGCUCACUGUCCGGCUGGGUCCUACAGUCAGCAGGGAGCCUGCCGCAAGUGCCACCCGUCCUGUGAGAGCUGCAGAGGGGAGGGGCCUCUGUCCUGCACCUCUUGCCCCGCCCCCUCGGUCCUGUCCCCCUCCGGCCUGUGCGUCCCGCGAUGCCAGCAAGGAUACUACGCCGACGGAGGCCGUGUGUGUCAGGCCUGCGACGGCCAGUGUCUGACGUGCGACACGGCGGGGGUGUGCGCGUCCUGCCGCGACCCCGCUAAGGUUCUGCUCUUCGGCGAGUGCCAGUACGAGACCUGCGCCCACCAGUACUACCUCAACGUCACCACCCGCGCGUGCAGAGAGUGCGACUGGAGCUGCAACGCAUGCAGGGGUCCGCUGCGCACUGACUGCCUCCAGUGCAUGGAGGGAUAUGUCCUCCAGGACAGCGUCUGUGUCCAUGGCUGCUCCGUGGGGUCCUUCCAGGAUGGAGACAGCUGUCUGAGUUGUGAUGCCCACUGUGAGCAAUGCCAGGGACCAGGCCGCUGCAGAAAGUGCCAGACACCCUAUGCCCUGCUCCAGGGACAGUGCGUCGAGGAAUGCGGCCAGCGCCACUUUCUAGAUUCUUCUACAUGGCAGUGUGCUGCAUGCCCUGCUCACUGCGUGCAGUGUGACGGGGCCCAGGACUGCACUCUGUGCAGUGAGAACGCCUUCCUGAAGAACGGGCUCUGCGCAGCCGACUGCGGCCACGGUUUCUACGCCGACACCAGGACCAGAACCUGCAAAGCGAACAGCCACGCCCCUUCCUUGCACGUGAACAGCUCCCUGCUGGUGAAGGUGGGCGGGACCAGGCCCCUGGACCUGUCCUUCAUGACGGCCCAGGACCCGGACGGCUCCGCGGAGGACCUGGUCUUCCAGCUGGUCCAGCCCCCCAGCAACGGCAGGCUGCUUCGCCUGGCCAACGGGAGAGAGGCGGGCCUGAGCAAGGAGGACACCUUCACCUUCGCCGAGCUGCGGGGCGGAGCCAUCCGCUUCGCCCACGCCAAGGAGAAAUCAAAGACCGGGCGUUUCACCCUGCGGGUCAGCGAUCAGCAGCUCUUCUCCCAGCCGGAGGCCGUUAACGUCCAGGCCGUGUCCCUGCAGGCCCCCUACGUCCUCACCAAUCGACCCAUGCUCAUUAGCAGAGGGGAGGCGGCGACCGUCAAGGGGGAGACGCUGAGGAUCGAGGACGACGACAACCCGCAGGACGUGCUGGUCAUGGUGCUGGACCCGCCCCGGCACGGCCGGUUGACGCGUCUCCGUAGCGACCAGCCGCUGAUGCAGUUCAAGCUGGAGGAGCUGGCGCAGGAGCAGGUGCGGUACGUCCACGACGGCUCCGACCGGCCCCACGACCAGAUCCUGCUGCAGGUCAACGAUGGGCACAGCUACCAGAAUCUUCUCUUCCACAUCCAUGUGGCCCAGAAGGAUGAGAACUCUCCGCACUUGCUGUCCCGGCCCAUGGCCUGGGUAAGGGAGGGAGGCAUGGUCCAAAUCACUAAGAAAUACCUGAAAGCUGAGUACAAAGGCUCCAGCGACUCUCAGAUCCACUACAACAUCGUCCCAUCCAAAGAACAGCCGAGAUAUGGUGAGGUGGUGCUCCUGGUGCCAAUGCCAGCCGACGGACCGGUGGACGGGUGGCAGCGCCUGCCGGACGGGCGGGCCGCCACGCCCACCUCCUCCUUCACCCAGCAGGACGUGAACGAGGGCGUCGUCUGGUACCGGCACUCUGGUGCGGGGGAGCCCAGCGAUACCUUUCAGUUUAAGAUGUCGAGCGAGGGGUCCGUGGACACGCUCAGCGACGCCCAGACCUUCAUGAUCGGCGUCAUGCCGCAGACUCCGGGGUUCCCUCAGCUCUCCCCCGAUUCCGACCUCCAGAUCACGGCUCUGGAAGAUAGCAUAACAGUGAUAACGCCCUCCGCUCUCUCCUUCAUGGACUCAGAGACGCCCAGCGAGAAGCUUGUCUACAACAUCACCAAACCCUUAGCCCCGGGACAAGGUGCCCUUGAACACCAGGAGAGGCCCUAUGUUCCUUUGAGCUUCUUCACCCAAGCGGACGUCAACAACAGAAACAUCAUCUACCGGCCGCCCCUGGCCCCGGCUCAUCUUCAGGAGCUGUAUCAGUACUCAUUCACCGGUCUACCUGAGUCGGUGAACUUCUAUUUCACAGUGUCAGACGGCGAGCACACAACUCCAGAGAUGGACUUUGCCAUCCACCUGCUGGCCAAUCAUCAGCAGCCCCCAGUUUUCCAGGUCCUGGACCCUGUGCUGGAGGUUAGCCUUGGGGGCAGGGCCCCUGUAGGUGGUCAGCAGCUUGCAGUCACUGAUGCAGACACGGCCCCUGACGAGCUGGAGUUCGAGGUGGUGGAGGCCCCGGUCCACGGGACCCUCCUGAAAGUCAGCGGCUUCGGUGGAGAGAUCGAGAUGGUGAAUGGCGACACCUUCUCCUUCAGUGACAUCACCCGGAACAUCCUGCAGUACGAGCACAACGGGGAUUCGAUGGAUGAGGACUCCAUGACCUUCUCUGUGACCGACGGCAUCUCCAUGACGACCGCCACUGUGCAAGUGGUGGUGGCGGGGACCGAGGGAGAUGGCCCCCGGCGGGACCCUAACGCCCUGCUCUCCAUGGAGGUGUCCGAAAAGAGCAGCACUGUCAUCAAGCGCACGCAUCUGGCCUAUGUGGAUGACAACACCCCGGAUGAGAAGAUCCGAAUCCAGCUGGUGUCUGUGCCCAUGUAUGGCAUUCUGACCCGCACUAAAUCCAAGUCGGACCACGAGGAACUGACUGAGUACUCAUCCUUCACCAUGGAGGACAUCAACCGCCAAAGCAUACGGUACAUCACUUCCUUUGAAACGGGGAGCCAGCCAGUCACGGACAUCUUCCAUUUCAUCGUCUAUGACGGGGAGAACAAUCGCCUUGACAACCAGAUGUGCACCAUCACUAUCACAUCUGUGCAAAAGCAGCCGCCUGUGGUGACAGUUCGUAGCGGCAUCAAGGUACAGGAAGGAGGGAGAGUGCAGAUCUCGGCCAAUCACAUUAUAGCAGCAGACCCAGACACUCCUAUGAAGGAGCUCCUGGUGUGGCUGAUCAGCCCGCCCAAGUACGGCUUUAUUGAGAACACAAAGCCAGGCAGGUCGACAGGUGGGGCCCGGGUCAUCAGCCCCGAUGUCCCCUUCUCCGUGGAGGACCUCACGGCCGACCAUAUCUUUUACGUCCAGAACGUCCACCAGAGGGUCGGCCACUACCAGGAUGAGUUCAGCUUCUACAUCAGCGAUGGGUCGAGCCAGACAGAGGCCUUCAAUGUCAACAUUGACAUCCAGGGAAAGCAAGAAAAAUUCCCCAUAAUUUCCGUCAACAACAUCCACGUGGAGGAGAACUCGGGCGUGGUCAUCACCAACUCCUCUCUGGCCGUGCUGGACCACGACACUCCCGAGAACGAGAUCGUCCUGACUGUCACCAAGAAGCCGUCCUACGGAAAACUGCGGAGGCGCCAGUUCUACUCUCAGCCCCUGGAGAACGGGCGCGUCCUGGCCCAGGGGUCCACCUUCACCUACCAGGACGUCCUGGACGAGCUGCUGGUGUACACGCCGGACAGCCUGAGCGUGGGGACGGACGAGGUGCGCUUCUCCGUGACGGACGGGGUGCACACAGAGACGGGGCGGCUGGAGUUCACCAUGGACACCAAGAAGAGCGAGGGCCCGCGGCUCACCAUCAACAGAGGCCUCCAGCUCGCCGCAGGGUCCACAUCUAAAAUCACCGACCAGAAUCUUAAAGGGACGGACAUGGACUCGGACAACUCGAAGCUGCGAUAUGUCAUGACCAAAGACCCCUCCGUGGGGAGACUCCAGAUGUCCAAGGGCAGAGACAUGGUCCAGAUCUCCAUUAAAGGGCCUGUAAAGAGCUUCACACAGGACGACAUCAACAAAGGGUUUGUGGAAUACCAACAUGAGAAGGGAGAGAAAGGAGGCAGCUUUCCGUUUAAGUUCAACCUUGUGGAUCCCGAAGGAAACAAACUUAUCGACCAAUCUUUCUUCAUCAGCGUGCUCGAGGACAAGCUGCCCCCGUCGGUGGUGGUGAACAAGGGCCUGGUUCUGGAUGAGAACUCGGUGAAGAAGAUCACCACGCUCCAACUGUCUGCCACCGAUCAGGACAGCGAGCCGAGUGAACUGGUGUUCCGCAUCACCAAGCAGACCCAGCUGGGCCACCUGGAGCUCGCAGCCUCCCCCGGGACGCGGAUCAGCACUUUCACCCAGGCUGACCUGGCGUCCCGCGGCGUCCAGUACGUCCACACCAGCGAGGAGGAGAAGCACGCCGACGACUUCACCUUCGCCGUGUCCGACGGCGCAAACGAGGUCUCCCAGACUUUCUACAUCACCAUCCGCCCUGUGGACGAUUCCCUGCCGCUGCUCAAGGUUCCCGGGAUGCGGGUACAGGAAGGCGUGAGGAAGACCAUCACGGAGUUUGAGCUGAAGGCCACCGAUUUGGACACAGAGGAGGACUCGAUCACCUUCACGGUGGUGCAGGCCCCACGUCACGGCACCAUCGAGCGCACCAACAACGGCCAGCACUACCGGCAGACCAGCACCUUCACCAUGGACGACAUCUACCAGAACCGCAUCAGCUACAACCACGACGGCAGCAACUCGCUCAAGGACCGCUUCUCCUUCACCGUGGCCGACGGCACCAACAUGUUCUUCAUGGUGGAGGAGGGAGGCAAGGAGAUCGUGACCGCCGCUCCGCAGAAGUUUAAGAUUGACAUUCUUCCGGUCGAUGACGGCACUCCUCGUAUUGUCACCAACCUUGGGCUGCAGUGGCUCGAGUAUAUGGAUAAUAAGGCCACCAACCUGAUCUCGAAGAAGGAGCUUCUCACAAUGGACCCUGAUACCGACGAUGGUCAGCUGGUGUACGAGGUCACGGUCGAGCCCAAGCUCGGCUUCUUGGAAACCAAACUCAAACCUGGCACUCCUAUCACCACCUUCACACAAGCGGACAUUAAUCUGGGGCUGAUUCGCUACGUCCUCAACGAGAACAGCAUCCAGGAGACCAUGGACAACUUCAAGUUCCUUGUGAAGGACAGCAAGCCGAAUGUGGUCAGCGACAACGUGUUCCACAUCCAGUGGUCUCUCAUCAGCUUUGAACACAAGAGUUACAAUGUAAGCGAGAAGGCGGGCACCGUGGCAGUGACGGUCAAGAGGACGGGCAACCUCAACCAAUACGCCAUCGUGCUGUGCCGAACCGAACAGGGCUCCGCCACGUCCACUUCUAACGUCGGCUCCAAACCGGGGCAGCAGGACUAUGUGGAGUACGCUGGACAGGUGCAGUUUGACGAGCGAGAGGACACCAAGGUGUGCACCAUCGUCAUCAACGACGACCAGGUGUUCGAGGACAUUGAGAGCUUCAACGUGGAGCUGAGCAUGCCCGUCUACGCUCUGCUGGGCCAGGUGACCCGAGCCAAGGUCUACAUCAACGACACCGAGGACGAGCCCACCCUGCAGUUCGACAAGAAGACCUACCACGUCAACGAGAGCACCGGCUUCAUCUUCGCCCCCAUCGAGAGGAAGGGUGACACCAGCAGCACGGUGUCGGCCCUCUGCUACACGGUGCCCAAGUCGGCGCAGGGCAGCAGCCUCCACGCCCUGGAGUCGGGCUCCGACUACAAGUCGCGCGGGAUGAGCGGCGAGAACCGCGUGGUCUUCGGGCCGGGCGUCAGCAUGUCCACCUGCGACGUCAAGCUCAUCGACGACAGCGAGUACGAGCUCUCCGAGGAGUUCGAGCUGGUGCUGUCGGACGCCUCGGACAACGCCCGCAUCGGGCCCGUCACCGUGGCCAAGGUGGUGAUCGACGGCCCCAACGAUGCAUCCACCGUGUUCCUGAGCAACGCCACGUUCACGUUCAGCGAGGAUGCAGGCACCAUUGAGAUUCCGGUCCGCCGUCACGGCAGCGACCUCUCCUCCGUCACCUCGGUGUGGUGCGCCACCCGACCUUCCGACCCCCCCUCGGCCACGCCCGGCGUGGACUACAUCCCCAGCUCCAAGAAGAUUGAGUUCAAGCCUGGAAAGACCGAGGAGACCUGCAGCCUGACGAUAAUGGAUGAUAUUCAGAACCCCACCAUCGAAGGGGCGGAGUCCUUUGUGGUCUUUCUGAGCUCUGCGCAGGGGGCGGUGCUUACAGAACCGUUCGAGGCGUCUGUCAUCAUCACAGACACCUUCCAGGACAUUCCCAGCAUGCAGUUCGAGAAGGUGGUCUACACGGUGAAAGAGAAGGCCGGCGUCCUGCACAUUCCCAUCAUCCGCACGGGAGACCUGACCUUCAAGUCCUCGGUCAGGUGCUACACGCGGACCAUGUCGGCCAUGGUGAUGGACGAUUUCGAGGAGAGGAGGAACUCGGACGACUCGCUCAUCACCUUCCACAAGGGGGAAAAGGUGAAGAACUGCACUGUUCACGUAAACGACGACUCGGUGUUCGAACCCGAGGAGGAGUUCCAGGUGCACCUCGGGACCCCCCUGGGGGACCACUGGAGUGGGGCCAUGGUGGGAGUCAACGACAUCGCCACCAUCACCAUCACCAAUGACGAAGAUGCACCCACCAUUGAGUUUGAGCAGGCCACAUACCAAGUGAGGGAGCCCCCAGGCCCGGACGGCAUUGAGGUGCUCAACAUCAAGGUCAUCCGCCGGGGGGACCAGGACCGGACCUCCAAAAUCCGCUGUAGCACCAGAGACGGCUCGGCCCAGUCCGGCGUGGACUACAAUCCUAACAGCCGGGUGCUCAAAUUCAACCCCGGCAUGGACCACAUACUUUUCAAAGUGGAGAUUCUGUCCAAUGAGGACCGUGAGUGGCACGAGUCUUUCUCAUUGGUCCUCGGCCCCGAUGACCCGGUGGAGGCAGUGCUUGGGGAGAUCACCAUGGCGACGGUGACCAUCCUGGACCAGGAGGCUUCUGGAAGUCUUAUCCUCCCUGCCCCGCCCAUAGUGGUGUCCCUGUCUGACUACGAUUAUGUGCAAGAGGUUUCUAAGGAGGGCAGCAAGAAGUCUCCCUCUCCCGGCUACCCCCUGGUCUGCGUGACCCCGUGUGACCCGCACUACCCCAAGUCCUCUUUGAUGAGGGAACGCUGCGAAGAGGCAGGCAUCAACCAGACCUCCGUCCGCUUCAGCUGGGAGGUGGCGGCCCCCACGGACACCAGCGGAGCCCGGUCGCCCUUCGAGACGGUGACCGACACCACCCCGUACACCAGCGUCAACCACAUGGUACUGGACAGUAUCUACUUCAGCCGGCGUUUCCACGUGCGUUGCGUAGCUCAGGCACUGGACAAGGCCGGCCACCUCGGCACCCCGCUCAGGAGCAACAUCGUCACCAUCGGCACUGAGGGGUCCAUCUGCCACACCCCCGUCACCACGGGGACCGCUCGAGGCUUCCAGGCACAGUCCUUCAUCGCCACCCUCAAGUACCUGGAUGUCAAGCACAAGGAGCACCCCAACCGGAUCCACAUCUCGGUGCAGAUACCCCACCAGGAUGGCAUGCUCCCCCUGGUGUCCACAAUGCCCCUGCACAACCUGCACUUCCUGCUAUCCGAGUCCAUCUACCGCCACCAGCACGUGUGCUCCAACCUGGUCACCAUCAAAGACCUGCAGGGCAUCUCAGAAACGGGCUUCCUAGAUGACGUGUCCUACGACAGCAUCUCCCUGGGCCCCGGGUUCGACCGGCCCUACCAGUUCAACCCAAGCGUGAGGGAACCGAAGACCAUUCAGCUCUACAAGCACCUCAACCUGAAGAGCUGCAUCUGGACCUUCGACGCCUACUACGACAUGACCGAGCUGAUCGACGUGUGCGGGGGGUCCGUCACGGCCGACUUCCAGGUGCGGGACUCCGCGCAGUCCUUCCUCACGGUGCAGGUGCCCCUGUACGUGUCCUACAUCUAUGUGACAGCACCGCGGGGCUGGGCCUCCCUGGAGCACCACACUGAGAUGGAGUUCUCCUUCUUCUACGACACCGUGCUCUGGAGGACCGGCAUUCAGACUGACAGCGUUCUGUCUGCCAGACUUCAGAUUAUCAGAAUCUACAUCAGAGAGGAUGGGCGGCUAGUGAUAGAGUUCAAAACGCAUGCCAAAUUCAGAGGUCAGUUCGUCCCGGAGCAUCACACCCUCCCAGGCCAUAAGUCCCACCUGAUGGCUCCAGACCACCUUGGGGGCAUCGACUUUGACCUGCAGCUGCUGUGGAGCGCCCAAUCCUUCGACUCCCCCUACCAGCUGUGGAGGGCCACCAGCUCCUACAGCAGGAAAGACUACUCUGGAGAGUACACUGUCUUCCUCAUACCCUGCACCGUUCAGCCUACCCAGCCCUGGAUCGACCCGGGAGACAAGCCCCUCUCCUGCACAGCUCACGCCCCAGAGAAGUUCCUGGUGCCCAUCGCCUUCCAGCAGACGAACCGGCCCGUCCCCGUCGUCUACUCCUUAAACACGGAGUUCCAGCUCUGCAACAACGAGAAGGUCUUCAUGAUGGACCCAGCCAAAGCAGACAUGUCCAUGGCCGAAAUGGAUUACAAAGGGGCCUUCUCUAUGGGCCAGACGCUGUACGGCCGAGUGCUGUGGAACCCCGAGCAGAACCUGAACGCGGCCUACAGGCUCCAGCUGGAGAAGGUGUACCUGUGCACGGGGAGGGACGGAUACGUGCCCUUCUUCGACCCCACGGGCACCCUGUACAACGAGGGCCCGCAGUACGGCUGCAUCCAGCCCAACAAGCACCUGAAACACAGAUUCCUGCUGCUGGACCGGAAACAGCCGGAGGUGUGCGACAGGUACUUCCACGACGUGCCCUUCGAGGCCAGCUUUGCGUCUGACAUCCUGGAUCUGCAGUCCAUGACAGCGAUGCCUGGGGUCGACGGGUUCACCAUGAAGGUUGACGCUCUUUAUAAGGUGGAGGCCGGGCAUCAGUGGUACCUGCAGGUGAUCUACGUGAUUGGACCGGACUCGGUCUCCGGCCCCAGGAUCCAGCGCUCGCUGACCUACCAGCUGAGGAGCCGGCGGGACCUGGUGGACAGGUCGGGGCGCCUCACCCUGGACGAGUCCCUCAUCUACGACAACGAGGGCGACCAGGUGAAGAACGGCACCAACAUGAAGACGCUGAGGCUGGAGGUGGAGGCCUCGGCCACCUUCGGCCCCCAGACGGGCGCACCCAUCGGCGGCGGGGUGGCGGCCGUCACCCUGCUGGUCCUGGUCCUCCUGGCCUCCUGCUUCCUGUUCAAGAAGUGCCGACGGAAGGGGAAGAAGAAGCCGCCGAAGGACUCUGCGGAGGAGUACCCCCUCAACACCAAGGUAGAGGCGUGCCUGAGGAAUAUUGACCGGAUGGAGAAGAACAGCAAGCACUGCGCCGUCAAGAACAUCAACAUCCUCAACAAAAGUCCGGAGGUCUGCAAGGUCAAUGGGGUCAAGGUCAAGCAGGUCAACCUGGAGGUCAAACUCCACAACAACUUGAACGACGGCACAGAGGUCUAAUCAUAGAUGAGAGUUUUCUUUUGGAAAGUCACAUUUUCUAUUGUUGUUUGUAAUUAAAGGAAAAAAAGAUAUUGUUAUUGUAUUUUUAUACGACCAGAAAAAAAAGGGAAAUGUUCUGGCCAGCUAUGCAGAGUAAUCAUUUCACAACUGAGCUACCUCACAAGAACUAAGGCCUAUCACACCACUUAAACCUGAUUUUCACAUCUGAUCUGCUGUAAUUUCAACAGUUCAGACCUAGAAUCUGAGGUUUCAAAGACUACAGCCUUGUGACAUUGAUUGACUUCUGGAAAUUGUUUUCUAAGUCUACAUGAAAAUCACUGCUUUCUAAAUCUACGUGAACAUCACCAUGAUCUGCGGUAGCUCAGGCACUUUAACUUCUCUUUGCUUAGGUGAUGUUUUUUUUUUUCAGUUGUCCAGUUGCAAAUUUCAUUUCAAACUGCUGAACUACAAUGUGACCACUAUGAUUAAUGCAAGGGUUAAGCACAGAAUGAGUGUGCCAACACUUGCGGCUGGAUGAGUAGUUUGUAUAUCUACUGAAGUGCAAUUACUUGAUGAUACGCUCAUCCGUUAACCAUCAGAAACUGAAGUCCUGCAGCCAGAAAUGCAUUUUUCCACAUCACUCAUUUUAUUUACCAUGGCCACUGCUCAGAAGAGGAAUCCUGCAGUAUUGCGAAUUGUAUUUCCAAAUUCAAACUCAAACGAAUCGUCCAAGGUAUUUUUCCUUUUAAAGACGAGACAUAAAAAGCAAACACUGAUAAAGAGUGCAAGUAAUGCUCAUGACAAAAAAACAAGACAGUUUUGAUAUAACUGUGCACUUUGAAAACUACUGUAGAUUGUGUUCAUGAGUUUUCCACUGCUCAAAAAUGCUUUAUCCUGUGUCUUUUAACCACUGUAGUAGAAUAUAGUUUUUGUUUUUUUACACAUAUUACCAGUGUUUUGUACCACUAUGUGUCUUGGCAUUAUGCUUACAUUCUGUCCAAAUGACUCACAGCCUCAGUCUUGUUCUAUUGUUUCUUUUAAUUGUACAUAAUGUGUAUCAGUACAUCUUAGCAGCAACAUGCUUCUAAGAGAUCUUCCUCUUUGUGUUAUUGUGCAUUAUGUAUUAUUAUGUUACUCUCAUAUCAUCUAUUAAGACGGUGCAUUUAUUAAUUUUUUUCCCAUAGUCUGUAAGAAUGAUCAGCUUGUGUGCUGGAAGUAUUAUGGUGCUGAGCAAGAAAGCGAUGUUGUAUUUUGAACGCUGUAGGCAAUAAAACUUCAAUUCCCAUGGUUCCACAGCACUGAAUGUACUGCAGUAUUGAGUAUUACAUACAGUGGGAUUUGUUUGGCUACAGUCAAUGCUAUAUUUUUGUAAUCCAUUACAGGAUGUACCUGUCACUGAGGCAGUGGAAGGUUUGGAAGAUGCCAGUAUAUAUAUUUUUGGUGCUAACAUUCAUUGAUGUGCACAAUGCUAUAAAUUCUGAUGCCUGUAUUCCGUGCCUUUUUAGUAAUAAAAACUUGAAACACACA